AUGGCCAUGUCAGUGUGUGGUUCCUCUCACAGUGUCGUCACACCCAGGGCACUCGCAAACAUGAGAGCAUCGACACGAAGCCCACGCAGCCGUCACGGCGUCCGCACAGCGCCGCCAUGUCCACAGACUGCCACAGGACCAGGACCAGAACCGCAGGACCACCGGAUCUACAUCAUCACAUGGAGCAUGGGCCCACAGAGCAGCCCGCAGGGCGGGCACUGGAGGCGUUUUUAUCCUGCGGAUCCACGGAAGAAGACGAGAGCCAUCGCAUCACAGCAGUGUUCACCGUUUCACUGGAAUGAUCUUCACACUAGCAUCCUCUGUAUUAUUUGGGCCAUUAGCCACUGA